AUGGCUGAGAGAUUGCUAAUAAGCGCAUUGAAGGGUGGUAAAGACACUAAAAGUAUUAUUUUGAAUAGGAAGAAGAUGAAAAAGAUACCUUCAGCAUUAGAAAAACUGCCUGGCCUGAAGAAUCUAGACCUUCAGAAUAACUUAAUCCUCAGUGUGUGCCCAGAGAUAAGCACCUUGACCCAGUUGACAGCACUAAAUCUGGGAAACAACCUUAUAGAAGAAGUUCCAGAAGAGAUGAAACACCUUAUAUCCCUGAAAAAGCUCCAUUUAUUUGGAAACAGGAUUUGUAGAUUUGCACCAGGAGCAUGUGAUGGCUUACAAAAUUUGAUCCUGCUUAAUCUCAACAACAAUGAACUUACACAGCUUCCUCAAGAAGUUAGCAGACUAAAAAGCCUUACGUAUUUGAGUAUAAAUUAUAAUCGGCUAGCCAGCAUUCCCAUAGAACUUUGUUUCCUUGAAGAUCUGUCUGAACUUCAGCUUAACUACAAUCAGCUCAUUUGCAUACCUGAAGAGAUUAAGUUCUUGAAGAAGCUCAAGACACUUUUUCUGGUCAGGAACAACAUUGAAGUUUUGCCAGAGGGACUUUGUGAUCUUAAAAAGCUGAGAAUGCUAGACAUAGCUGGCAAUAUUAUUCAGAUAUUUCCACCAAGAUUUCAGAAUCUGAAGCUGAGGGAAUUCUACUGUGAGGGAAACCCGCUGUUUUUGAAGCAACCAGUUAUCGCUGUACAACAGGAAGAUGUCUGGAGUCUAAAGGAAAUAGCAUCAAGAUUUGUAAUGAAUCAACUAGAAGAAAAGAAUCCAUUCCUAAUGCAUGCCAUAGAACAGUACCCACAAGUCCGCAACAUAAUCUCUCAGGGAAAAAAAUGUGUAAUAUGUGGAAAGUCCUUUUUCACCAUGUGGCUGGAAUGCGUUCAAUUUGUUCCUCCAUCGAAGAACUGGCUGGUAAGCAGAAAUCUAGAGCUGGUACCUCUUCGAACAUUAAUUUGUUCUUACAAAUGUUUUAAUCGGCGUGGCCAUAACAUCUUUGGAAUUGCUGAAGUGUAG